GAAACAGAAACAGAGAUUCAGCUAUGAGGAACCUAGUACAUCAGUGAAAAUCAUGGAAAAAAAUGAAGUUAUAGUCCCACCCACAGUAGUUUCUUAAAGCUGUGAUUUCAGAAACCUCUGACACACACUGAAGAAGAUUGAAUCAAGGAUCCAGACUAUAUCAAGGACAGCACACAGGCUGCCUUUUUAAACAUACAUUUUAUCAGUUUAAGUAAUCUGCUGUUAUAUCCAUGCUGCUAUAGUUUUGUUGCAAGUUAACUAAGAAGACGUGACUGGAUGUAAAUUCCAAAUGGAGUCCUUUAGCUGCAGAGCAUAAAAGCUUGUUCCAUAGAAUAACAUCUCCAAAGUCGUGACUUUCCUUUGUGAAUAAAAUGAAAAAUGGCAGCCGUUGAACAUUACUCUCUACCUACAACCACGUACUUGGAAUUCUCAGAAGCCUAUUAUUAUGACUUCAGCUACGAUUACUCAAAUGCCCUUGUCUGCAAAAAGGAAGACAUAAAAGACUUUGGCAAGGUAUUCUUCCCCAUCUUAUACACGCUGUUGUGUAUAGCAGGAUUAAUUGGAAAUGCCUUUCUUGCUUGUAUUGCUGUUAAGUACAUCAAAAGAAGAAGAACAACAUACAUCUAUCUGUUGAACCUGGCCAUUUCUGAUCUCCUUUUUGUGAUGACUCUUCCCUUUUGGGCAACAUAUGCAGCCUCAGAGUGGAUAUUUGGUAGUAUUUUAUGUAAGGUUGUAAGCUUUAUAUAUUCCGUGAACUUCUACAGUGGCAUUUUCUUCAUGGUAUGUAUGAGUCUGGACAUGUACUUACAGGUAGUACAUGCCUUUUCCAGCAAGAACUUCAGAACAGUUACUAAGAGCACAAUUAUAUCUUCCGUGGUUUGGUUGUUUGCUAUCAUGGCUUCUAUUCCUGACGUUUUGUUCACUCAGCUUCAGACAGAAGAUGAACGAAACCACUGUGGACACAGUUAUGGAAAUUUGUCAUUUGUUGCAAAGAUGGUCAUCCAGUUUGAGCUUAAUAUCAUCGGAUUUUUCAUUCCUUUCCUGUUUAUCCUUUUUUUCUACACUUAUAUCUAUUGCAGAAUAUAUAAAAGCAAUUGCUUGAGUAACCACAAGGCCCUGAAGCUUGUUCUUCCUUUGGUGGCUGUGUUCUUUACACUGUGGUUUCCAUACAAUCUAGUCUUGCUUCUCCAUUCCUUGCAAGAAUUGCAUGUGUUUUCUGACUGUGAAAUGAGCAAACGAUUAGACUAUGCUUUGCAAGUGACAGAAUGCCUUGCCUUUGUACACUGCUGCCUGAAUCCAUUCCUGUUUGCCUUUGUUAAGAAAAGAUUCAGACAAUAUCUGAAGGAUGCAUUAAUAAGAAUAUUCCACAAAGGGGGUACAUUUGUACUCAAAUCCUCUGAGACUAGUCAGCCUUCAAAUGUGGUUAGUCAUUUUGAAAUGACAACAUUUCAGAACUUGUAACAUUAUUUUAAAACAGCCACAUAUUUUUUUGUCAUACCACAAAGAUAUCACUGUAUCAUCUGGUACUCUGUGACAUACAUCACUUCUUACUAAAUCACCAGCUGUUCUAAUGUUUCACAGAUUACCAUAGCUUCCAGGAGUGGGAUUAUCUACACAUAAAAAGUACAUAGUUCUUCAUACUUAAAUUCCAUGUCAAUAGGCAUUAGUAUCUAUGACAAAAUAUUAAAUGAGGCUGUGGUUUGAGCAUGUAUGAAGACUUCUUCCAUUCUCCUCCUUCAGGUGAAGUAACUGACAAACUGAAUUUGCUUUCAAAAUGCCUUUUUAUCAAGCAGUAUAGUAAAGUACUGGUAGGUCAUAUGUGUCAGCAUGUUGCUGUUUUUUUUUAUUAAUAAGCCUGGCUGUAUAGCAAAUAAAUGUAAAGUUACAUGCAUGUUGCCACUCUAAAUUUUAUUAUUUCAGUCUUCAGCUGUAUAUUAUAGAACUCUAAGAAAGUCACUUAACCGAACCAGUGGAAGCAGGUUUCAAGUUGGAUGAUGUAGUUGUAAUUAAUGUUUUUUUUCUAUUAACAAAAUUAAUAAUGAAUAUAAUUUAGUUCUAUACUGAUUUCUGCUUUAGUUCAAAGACUGGAUACCUUCCCAUCUUCAUGAACUGCUUACUUGUGUUGAUAAGUGUAUUAUCUUUAAGACCAUGGUCUUCUUCCAGACAUUUUAAUUAAGCCAUUUCAGACAUCAUGGACCAGGGCUUGUAUUAAGGUCACUUUCCAGAGAAUGGGGUUAUCAUUCUCUGUAUGUAUGUUUAAGUGUUGCCUGAGCCAACAAAACCUUGCUGAAUAUUAUAACUACUUUAAGUUCACACUGUAAUAAUAAUAUUGGAAGUAAAAUAUAAGUUCAUUAAUAUAGGGGAUUAUGAUCAGAUCUCUGAUCACAAUCAAUUUAUUAGGUGUUUGAGACAUAGAUGCCAAGAAAUUCACCUCUAGAGCAGAGAGAAGUGAAGGCUGAGAUGUGAAUCUUACCAUCCAUGUCAAGAACUUGAAGAAUUUUAAUUAGAGAGACCUAUUCAUAAUUCUUUGUAGUGCUCAAAGCUUUAGUUUCUCUAUUUUCUACCAGUUAUAGACAAAAGCAUAAGAGAGGGAAGUAUUUGACAGCUUUGAAAGCCUUAAACACUUAGCUCUGUCACACAGACAGUUGGUAGAAAUUAAGAGUCUCUCUCUCUCUCUCUCUCUGAGGAACUAACAACUUUGAGACACUUGACUCUGCCACACUUUUUGUUUGAAAAAUUGGCAAUGUUAAGUAUCUAGUGGCUUUUAAAGCUCUUUUAACAUCUGCCACUCUUCUAUAGUGGCUGGCACUGGCUGUUGUUACUCUCUAGCAUGAGACUAGAACUUAAAAGUGCUUAGAGGUACGUAACACAAGCUUCUUACGCAUCUUUCUGACAUUAGAAAAACAGAAACACACUUAACAAGACUUGCUUUUCUUCCCAGUUUUGGAGCAUAAUCAUAACACAGCAUGCAUUAAAAUAAUAUUCAAACCAAUGUUUGACCAUUAAAAUGAUUGAACAGUACAAGGGAACAUGCACAAUUGCUUUUACAUUUAUUUCAGCUUUCCUAUACCCUAGAAGAGGACACAGUAUGAAGUGUCAAUUCAUUUACUGCGGGAUUAAUAAAUGUACAACAGUUAAGCAGUAGUUAUUCUGAUUCCCUUGGUCUUCAUUGCUGGAUGCAAUUUACUUUCUUUCAUUUCUUCUAAAUGUUGCCAUCUAAUCGUGAACCUUAACUCUUAUAGCAUCAGACCAAAUGCAUGAGACCAGUGGAGCCCUGUAGAUGAAGUAGGGCUUUGGGCAUCCCGUGUAGUGGAACAGAACACAACAGAUUAUUAUCUAUACAGUACUGAUGCUCAUAUUUUAUUAGGUUAAUGUAGACGUUGGAUCAGAUGUGCAUCAUACUGUCUCUGCCGUAGUACAAUUCACCAAGCCUGGGAUGAUGUCAGUGACUGAUAAAGUAUUGACACAUUAUUUACUCAGUGUUUUUGAAACAAGACUUGUAGUGUGAGGUUUGGUUAAGCUAGCAGCAAGGGGAAAAUGAGUAUGUCUGGUUUCAUAAAAUCUCAUAAAGAAGACAGUGAAACCAUUUGAAGCAGGGUCACAAUAACUCCUUUUAUUGGAUAUAAAUCAUUCAAGCAAGUAAAGUUGAUUUGUAACUUAUUUAUUAUCAUCAUGAUAAAGGCAAUAGUGAUUGUUUUCAGCAAAAUAAGAACAUUAGCAAGCAUUACAAUAUGAUAUGCUGUUGUACCAAGGAACCUCUAAUACAGGACAAGUAAGGACCUAUAAUUUCUUGCCAUGCUUAAAUAUGGCCACUUAUAGGUCAUUAUACCUAUGUUAUUACCCAAAAGAAAAAACAUAGCUAAGUGUCUUUGUGACACUUAUUUUUUCUGACAUUCAUAAAUAAUAUUUUGCUUAUUAUUAACAUCUGUUUUUAGUCAGUGAUAAAAUGCUGACAAUAAGAAUCAAAACAAACCAUACAUAGCAUGUCUUAUUCCUUCCAGAAUAUUGUAUACUUUAAUGUUAAUCCAGUUAGGAAGACAUGAACAUAUUUAAGACCAACUAUGCUCUUUACUACUUCAUCUCAGAGUCAAUUUACAAGCUAGAGGCAAAACAGAUGUGGGAGAAGACAUGUGGCUGUUGGCUUUCUAGAUGAAAUUAUAAUAUUGAAUUAAUUUACCUAAACUUUGUUAAUAAUGGAGUGCCUUAUGUUUCUGGUCAAACCUGUACAUCAUUAAAAUAUGCAUUGUGAUAACUUCAGCCAACUAAUUUUCCUCAAUGCAAGAAAACAGAAAUACAUUGGGAAUGUAACAUUGUUUAAUAAUUAACUGCUCAUGUAGAAAGUGAUCUAUUUCAAUGAAGUAUUGAUGUUAUCUGUAACUGUCAAUAAAAAAUGUGUAAUUUAUUAGAAUGCUAACAUUGUUCUAACAUGAAUUCCAUUCCAGGACUAUAUUUUUAAAGAAAAGAAAACAUGUUUUGGACUCAGAAAAUGCAUUUGAUUGAUGUAUCAAAGACAGAAAGAUAAAGGUCUUUUAAGUUCAUAAUAUGAAAUACCAGUCCAUAAUAUCAAGUAAUGGUUAUGAAAUAAUCAUAAGGUUAACCAGCUUAAUGAAAUGUUAUUGUACAUCAAAAGUAUAAGGAAUAAAUAUGACUGAACAAAAAGAGAGUUACAUAUAGUUUGUCUAUACAGCUGAACACAGAGUGGGCCAGUUUGCAAAGUUGACUGCUUUCCCACAUGCUUUACAGAGCUCCCCAGAAGGGUUUUAAUCACGACCUUCCAGAGGUUCUUCAAAACCAGAAAUACAUUGCCAAACAUUUACUUUAUGCACAAUCUUGCAUUAAACAAUUAGUUUAAAAGCUGUACUCUGGAGACAAUCUUCCACCAUAUAGGGAAUGGAAUGGUUUGGUUGCAUUAUCCUCAUGGGACUGUGGUGGUAUGCUUUAGAAAGGCAGCUUUUCUAGCUGUGCUAACUGCAAAAUGUUCAUGCCAAGCUCUUCUGUCGAAAGCUAGUUUUGUUGACUUGACCAGCUGCGAGUUGACCCCAAUGAGUUCUAAUUUCAAUAUUGUGUGACUGCUGAGAUUGUGUUCAGAUUUACUGAGAUUUCGUUUAUUUCAAGAAGUACUAUUUCACAGAGGGAUUGAAAAUAAUAUAAAAAAGGAGAAUAUGGGGAAUGGCAGUGACAGAUAACCUCAUAAUGUAGUCAAAAAAUCAGCGACUUAUUCAGGCAUAUAACAAUAAUGCAUUUCGAAUGAAAGAGCCUUUUAUCAUUAACUGAUGCUUCAAUGAAUAGACAAAAUAAGUUUAAUAAGUUUAAUAAGUAGGGAUCAUUUGUGAAUGUCAAGUUGCUAUGCAUUCCUAGAACUUAGACAUCUCUGUAGGUUUUAAAAAUACAUGAGACAUAGUAAGGAACAACAUGAUUCAUUCUCAUCUGUCACAAUCAUUUCAUAAACAAAUAUAUCCAUAUAAGUUAAACAAUUUGCACAGAUAUUGGCUGUGAAUUGUUUAAUUGCUGGAUGAGAUGUCAGAGGUCCUUUCAUGUAAUGAUCAUCUAGAAGUUUGUAAAGAUGUGAUAUGAUGUGAAUGUCAGUGAAUUUCCAUGUAUGAGAAGGAUUUAUUUGCAUACUAAAUAAACAAAA